AAUUGACAAGCUGUGGGCUGUGAUUGGACGUGUACCAAAAAGGAUUGAUUCCAUUGGGUGGAUAAAGGCUGUGAGAGAGGGUCCAGAGGUCUGUCAUCUGUGUGCGUGAAUUGUGAAAGCAGGGGAGAGAGGGAGAGAGAUGGGGUAAGGAGGCAAUUCUGAGGAUGCUGUUUCAGGCAAGGAGCAUGGAGAAGAGACCAUGGGAGCUUGGCUUCUGGGCAUCAAGACCCUCAAGAUUCAACCCUACAUUCUCCCUUCUCUGGGCCCUUAUGUUGUUAAAGUUAGAAUCAAAGCUGUAGGGAUAUGUGGAAGUGAUGUUCAUCACUUCAAGGUGGAGUCAUCUCACUUGCCUCACCUACAUAUGUGAAUAUAUAACCAAUAGAAAAGUGGGGAGUCUAUCAUGUAUUGAUCUUCUUAAGAAAAUGAUGUUACAAAAAAAAAAAAAAAAGUAUUAAAGGAACGAUCAAAAGUUAAUCAAUGACAAGUUGAUAAAAGGAAAGUCCACUACUAAUGUAGUGGAUAAUAUUCAUUUAGGAAAAUCACAGACAGACCACUAACAUUGGUCGAGACUCUUUUAGCUAAAUAAUAACAUAUUUUGUAUUUCUUUUGAAAUUAUGUAUUUCUUCUAAUAUUUGAUUUUUGUAAGUGUGAAGUAAUUUAUAAAUGAAAUACUAUAAAAGUAUUUUAUAAUCUAACUAAUUAUCAUGAAGAAUUAAUAAUAACAAAUAAAUAAAUUUACGAUACAUGUCUCAUAUAUAUUUCAUAUUCUGAUUAACAUACUUUAAAGAAGAGUAGAGAAUAUGUCUCACUAUUAAAUUUGAUUGAAUAUAGGAUAAAAUAAAUAAUAAAAUAACUUAUCAUAUUUCACUAUUAAGUAUCAAAUAUGUUAUUAUCUUUAUUGUCAUAUUAUAUAAUUUCAUUUUAUUGGUGGGAUAGAAUAUGAUAUGUAUUUUCAAAGAUAUUAUGAUAAAAGAAUGAGAUUAUGUUUAAUUCUCGAAAAAAACUUAAAAAAAUAAUUUAAUUAUAUUUGAUUUUUUUAUUUAAAAAAAUUAAAUAAUAUGUAAAAUUAAUUUAUUAAUUUUUGUUUUUUCAUAUUUUCUUUUCUCUUAUUUUUAUAGCCUUUCUUUCCAUUUCUUAUCAUUUUGCAAAAUUCAACUUGAGGCAUAUAAUAAAUAGAAAAUAAUUUAUAAAUUCAAUAAAAAUUUUAAUAUAAUAAUACAUUAAAUGGAAUUGUGGGGCCACCCACGUGUGGAUUCAAAAAAGUUGGAAGGGUGAGGGGUGGGCUCCACUAAUUGGGGUUGGCGUACACAACAUAUUACAUGUGCAGCCUUACAGUGGAGUCUCUGACUCUAUUAUUAUAGAAGUAGUAGCACGCUUCAUAUUCUCAUGGCAAAAAUUGCAUCACUUUUCACACAAAUUCUGUGACAUCAAGGACAAACAAUUAACUUUCAGGAUUGGGUCAAAACACACCCAUCAAAGCCAAGUCAUCAAAAUUAAAUUAAAAUGGGUUACGUAAUUGAAAGCGUUACAUCUUGAAUACCAAACCAAGAAGAUUACAAAAUUAUUAAAUUUGAUUUAAAAUUAAAUACACAUUCAAAUUAUUCUAAAUUAGAAAAAUAUUAUCCAAAUUUAGAAAAGAAUUGUUCAAAAAUAGGUUAUUUAUCAAACAAAAACAUUUUUUUUAUUUUUUUAUUUUUUAUUUUUUGAAUUAAUUGAUUGCAAAAGAUGAAAAAUUUAAUAUUUUUUAUGUUUUUGUUUGAUAAAUAAUCUAUUUUUGACAUAAAUACCUUUAAUGAUUUCAGGUAUUUACAUAUAGAUUUUAAAUUAAAAAAAAAGUGAUGCAAUCACUGUUGCUAGGUCGGCGGGUCGACGAUUAUUAUUGACAAUGGCUAUCACACAACGAGAAAAAGAAAAAAGAAAAAAGAAAAUAAAAUUUAAGAAAAAAAAAAGAAGAAAAAAAGAAGGGGGAGGCAGGUAGGGCAAGUGGGGGAGGAGGGGAUAUAUAUCCAACAUGUAUUAUAUCCCAAGGGAGCAUUGUCCAACAUGUAUUAUUAAAUACGUGCUCUAUAAAAUUGUAGGAAACUGACAUAUAAAGAAAGAAUACUUGGAGCCCCAUCCAAUGUGCCCCAUCCAAUGUGCAUCGUUAAAAACGAUUACCCUAAUUUCCUUGAAUACUUCAUCCUUAUCUAAAUUUUGAAGUAGAUUUCAAGUAUGGGAUAGUCGUGGAGGUGGAAUAAAGGAUUACGUUAUCUAGAAAUUGAGAGAAAAUGUAUGACAAAAAAUUCACACGUGGAAAUAGGAGGAAAUGACGAGGAAACAGCUUUCAGCUUACCUACAAAGGAAAAGAAAAUCUGACAUUUUGUUACAGGAGAUAAAUUUGAAGAAAAAGCAUUCAUAAAAGGAAAAGUUAAAUCGACAACAACUAAUGGGACAAAAGGAAAUCAGAAUAAUUGACCAACUGUGGCUGUGAUUGGACGUAUACCAAAAAGGAUCGAUUCCAUCGGGUUGAUAAAGCCUGUGAGAAGCUGAGACCGAGGGACAAGAGGUCUGUGUGUGUGAAUUGUGAAAGCAAGGGAGAGAGAGAGAGAUGGGGAAAGGAGGCAACUCUGAGGAUGCUGUUUCAAGCAAGGAGCAUGGAGAAGAGAACAUGGCAGCUUGGCUUCUGGGCAUCAAGACCCUCAAGAUUCAACCCUACAUUCUCCCUUCUCUGGGCCCCCAUGAUGUUAAAGUUAGGAUCAAAGCUGUAGGGAUAUGUGGAAGUGAUGUUCAUCACUUCAAGACAAUGAGGUGCGCAAAUUUUAUUGUGAAGAAGCCAAUGGUGAUAGGACAUGAGUGUGCUGGUAUCAUAGAAGAAGUUGGGAGUGAAGUGAAGAAUCUUGUAGUAGGUGACCGGGUUGCUCUGGAGCCCGGUAUUAGCUGUAACCGAUGCAGUCUUUGCAGAAAUGGUCAAUACAAUCUAUGCAGAGAAAUGAAGUUUUUUGGAUCUCCUCCAACCAAUGGAUCUCUAGCUAACCAGGUGGUCCAUCCUUCAAAUCUUUGUUUCAAGCUACCUGACAAUGUGAGCUUGGAGGAAGGAGCAAUGUGUGAGCCGCUCAGUGUCGGCAUCCAUGCUUGUCGUCGUGCUAAUGUUGGCCCUGAGACCAACGUACUGAUCAUGGGAUCAGGCCCCAUCGGCCUCGUUACAAUGCUGGCUGCUCGUGCUUUUGGAGCGCCGAGGAUUGUCCUUGUGGAUGUAGAUGAUCAGCGUCUAGCUAUUGCAAAAGAUCUUGGCGCAGACGACAUUAUCCGGGUUUCAACGAAUAUUCAGGAUCUAGACGAAGAAGUGGCAAAAAUACAAAGCACAAUGGUUACUGGAGUUGAUGUGAGCUUAGACUGUGUUGGCUUCAACAAAACCAUGUCAACAGCUUUGAACGCGACUCGAGCAGGCGGCAAAGUUUGCCUUGUGGGUUUGGCCCAGAGUGAGAUGACUGUUCCUCUCACUCCAGCUGCUGCCAGGGAGGUCGAUAUCGUUGGCAUAUUCCGCUAUAGGAACACAUGGCCGCUCUGCCUUGAGUUUUUGAGGAGUGGCAAGAUUGAUGUUAAACCCCUGAUAACCCACAGGUUUACUUUCUCACAGAAGGACGUGGAAGAAGCCUUUGAAACCAGUGCUCGUGGGGGUAAUGCCAUCAAGGUCAUGUUUAAUCUCUGAAUGGAGAUUAUGUUAUGCUUCUAGUUGUUAGGAGUGACUUCCGGCUUGCUGCUUUUGAUUUCAUCCAUCCAUCGUUUGUGGAGACUAAAAUCCUUUGUUUUUUUUUUUUCAAUCUCUAAACUCAGUUUCUAUAUAUAUAUAUAUUUGAGUAAAAA